AUUUUCAGGUUGGCUUUGUUUAUAAGAUCCUCAAGUGACUACUGAGAAAAUGAGGUGUCCUUCAUAAAAUCUAGACAGAUAAUCUUUCAAAAUCGCCCAAGGACAAAAACGCACAGCACUCCAGGAAGCCGUUUGUCUCGCGUGUCACCUGAAGGUAAGUUUCAAGUUUGGCGCUGUCAGACAUUUGCAUCUUGCACUUUGUUUCGGGAAAAGCGACAGGUUUAAUUACGCCUGCAUAACUACAUUUUGAACAGGACCGUUUCCUCUCUUUCAGGCUCGGACAAAGCAGAUGUCCGCGUAACUAAAAAAAAAAGUAAAACAAAGAUGAAAGCAAUAGUAAUCGACGAAAGACCAUUAAAAAUGUAGCAAAAGAGCAAAGUUGCAAUUUCUAAACAAAACCGCAAAGCGUUACAUUGUUGCGAUUCUAGUGAUAAACGCUCGCAGGUGUGACGUCAAAGGAAGUUCCCAAUGCACCAUGGGAAUUGUAGGCCGUUGGGGGGUGUCACUUGUAAACAACUACUAAUGCUUUUAUCAAUAACGUGCUUAUUUAGAGUACAGCUGUCACAUAUCUUAACUACGUGGCAGAAGUGGGAUUUAGAGAGGUGUUCGUAGUCAUAUUAUCAGUGAGUAGUUCUUAUUACACGCAUUUUAGGCUACUUUUUUUACAUACCCAUUGUCUGAGAAUGACUACGUGUGCAGCGGUACAGCGCUUUACGGACAUAAGGGCAGGACUAGAAACUGCAAUGAAACACAGCGACAGGGAGGUGUCUGAGAGGGAAGUGUAGAGGCAGGAUAACUGGCAGCGCCGGGCGGAACAACAGUCGCUGCGAAUCUGACAGACAAGAAGUGCCGCGAAGCUCCCGGUGCCCUCGGGUGCACUUUGUCCCUGUUGGUCUGGAUCAGGAGGCAAGAAGCAGCUGAAUUCUCUCACGGCGGCACACUGUCAACAUUUCCAAAUGCAUUGAAACGGAAAUGAAAAGCGCGCUUGCAUUAACCAAAGCGAUCAAAUUAGACCGCACAAAAAUCUCCUUGAUGACGGGCAAAGGCUGUGUCACUUCAGUUAUACACCAAAUCAAGCCUUCCAAUGCACCAGCCGGCAAAUAAGAAUCUCUAAAACUUAUCUACAUGUGCGUUUGAGAUAGAGUGUGUAUGUAUGUUCUUAUGCAGGGAUGGAGUGGUCUUUAGAGCGGAUGAGGGAAUGGGUGGCAGGUGGCAUGCAGUCAGUGCGAGAGUGUGAGUCUAGUGCUCUAGGCACUGCUCUUUGUCUCACCCUUCUGUUUAUUUGGUACUGCUACCGCGUUGGAUGCGAACACUCUGCACCUUCGCUCCGCGGUGGUUUCAGCCCCGAGCCGCGUGUCGGGGUGGUUCCUGGUGGAGCUCUAGCCUCAGACCUUUCGGCCCGCAGAGGCUCGAAGCUCCGUCAGGUCGGAGGGGUUGGAGCAAGCGGAGUCGGCGAGGAAGAACUCAACGGCUUCGCUUACUGCCAGUCGCCUGAGUGCUUUCGCUGCACCAAACCCGGCGAGGGCCUGAACCAGCGGCUUUACCAUAGCCUGCAGGAGUACGCCAAGCGCUACACAUGGGCCGGCAUGGGCCGCGUGCACAAAGGCGUACGCGAGCAAGGCCGAUAUCUGCUCUGCAACCGCCCGUCCAUCCAAAAACCCGAAGUCUUCUUCCUGCCGGACCUUCCCUCUGCUCCUUUCUUCUCACGGGAGGCGCAGAAGCAUGACGUGGAGCUCCUGGAGAGAAGUUUUCCUGCACUCCUGGCCGAAUUUGAGAGCGUGUACCGGCUGCCAACCAGUCGGGCCGGCUCUUCUCUUCCACUGGGCUGGAAGGCCAACAGCACACCUCAUGGCCAGUGGUGGACCUUCUAUCUGGUGAACCAGGGUACUCCAUUGGUGCUGAAUGCCAGGCGCUGCCCACGUGCGUGGAGGGUGCUCGGACAGCUCCGUACCUUUAUUGCAAAUAAUGUGUUUGGAAACGCCUGUUUCUCUGUGCUCAGUCCCGGAGCCACCAUCACUGAGCACUACGGGCCAACCAACGUACGCCUGCGCUGCCACCUUGGAUUGAAGGUGCCCUCUGGUUGUGAGUUGGUAGUUGGUGGAGAGCCGCAGUGCUGGUCUGAGGGAAGCUGCCUGCUGUUCGAUGACUCUUUUCUUCACACUGCGUUCCAUGAUGGUUCUCCAGAAGACGGCCCGAGAGUGGUAUUCAUGGUGGACCUGUGGCAUCCAAACGUGGCCGCGGCCGAGAGACAGGCACUGGACUACAUCUUCACCCCGGGGCGCUGAAAUAGAGCGGCGAGGAGAAAAGGGUCAAUGAUUGUUUCAUUGUAUUAACAGUUUGAGAUAAGUGCAAAGGGAAAGACAGAGCGUUGAGAACAUGAGUCUCUUCCUCUAGUAUACGUACCUUUACUCUCACUAUCCCUGUUGGCACUGCUUCAAGUAGAGACUUCAAUGUACCGUCACUAUUGUACAUUAUCAGUGUUUACAGAACUCUUCAAAUCUAACCAUAGCAAAAACCUGCUGGUGAACCGUGCUUGAGACGAAGCCCUCGCAUUCAUGUUGUUCCUACAGUUCAGCUGCAGGGUCGCAUUUACACCCAGUGAGUGUCACAGUAUCAUUUCACCUAAAGCAUUGACAGCCAACCGCACACGGAAAUGCACUUUUUGCCAAGCCUGGUCACUGCAGCCAGGUAGGAUUGUAUAGGAAGCACAGUACGUUUGUUUGGUCUGUACAUUUUUACGGAGAUCAGGCUUACAGAAGCUAAGCUAAACAGUCGUAAAAAAGACGUACGCUGCAAUGACAGGGGAUUUGACAUUUGCCACGAAGGAACGUGGAUAUACGGCAGAGAUGUUACGUGAAGUGAACUGAAGCACUACCAGCUAUUGUGUAAAUUGACCUCCAUUAAACGCACUAGUGGCAAGUUAUUUUUCUGCCACGCCUAAGUCAGGGUCGGAGCGCUUGGACGGGGAAGAACAUGAGCACAUCAGAUCAGCCUGCUUUCCACUUUACUCUUUCCUACCCUGAAUUUUCGAAUCAAAUCGAAACGCGUUAUCAAUCGCUUUGUAUCUCUGUGAAACUUAAAGAGGGACACGACGCUUAUCGUUUUUUUGGAAAACACAACGUUCCGGGCUGUUAAUACGUGCUAGGUUCUACCUUAUUGUGCUUUGUCGUACUGCUUGUGAGCAGAGCUUUCGUGGUUGUGGCAUCGAUAUUGGUACAUUCCUUUUGUAAGAUGACGAACAGUUUUGAGACCGUUUCGUGAGAAGUGACAUUUUAUAUCAUUGUGAGACUUUUGGAGUUGCAGAUCAAUUUUAUGACAACGUUCCUACUUCCAUGUUUCCAAAUUGUGUGCCAUGGACUCACUUUGCAAUGGAUGAGUAAUUAUGUAGAUUUAAUAAAGAAUUAAUUUAA